AUGACGGCAAAGCGCAAGGGCAAAACGGAGGAGAUAAAGACGCGCGAGUCCACAGAUGGCAGGUCGAGGAACGUCGAGAAGCACAUCCAGCACGCACCAAGCAUGUCAUGCCCACACAUCGCCGUCCAUCCGUCCAGUCCAGAAGCACAGAUGGAAGAAAUGGAGAGAGGGACAUACGUUGUUGCUUAUGAUGGUGCUGUUAUAAGCGAAGGUGUAGCCGAUGCGCGCGUAGCAGUAGGCGAAGCGUACAGAUAA